UUUUGUUUCCAUUUUGAUCCAGAUCACUCAAUUUGAUUCUCUCCUCUUCUCUGCGAUUUUGUUUCCAUACUUUUCGCUUAUUUUGUUUCCAUAGGCUCCAGAUUUGAUUCAUUUUCCAUAGUCUUCAGAUUUUGUUUCCAUAAUUGUGAUCGGGAAGAUGUUUUCAAUUUUGCGUUCUUAUUUUCAUUGAUUACCUCUUCAAUUGCUGUGAAAAUUUGCUUCGAUGGAAUCUGUAGCAAAUAACGAAGGUAUGUACAUUCCUGUUUGUGAUGAUGCUUUGAAGCCAAUGAUUGGUAUGAAAUUCAAUACAUUAGUAGAAGCAGUUGGUUUCUAUGAACAUUAUUCUCGUUCAGUUGGUUUUGGCAUUCGUAAAAUGGGUAACAAAUCAGUUCAAGGUAUUACUAAGUGGCAGUAUUUGGCUUGCAACAGACAAGGCUCUAAGAAUUUUAUACCUGGUCAUGCAUCCCAAUCAACUGAAGUGUCUUUUAAGAAGCGUAGGUGUCGGUCAUUUAGGUGUGAAUGUCUUGCUAAGCUCAAUUUGAGAUAUUAUUCAGAUGGCAAGAGCAGAGGAUAUGAGGUUUAUCAGUUUGUUGAGUAUCAUAAUCACUUAAUGGUUGCGGAUGAGCAUAGGCAUUUUAUGAUGGCCAAUCGCAAUCUGGAUCCUAUUCAUCGGAGGUUUAUGGAGGAUUGUGGCAGGUGUAAUAUUGGUCCCACUCUCACAUUCAAACUUUUGAAGGAGAUAAUGGGUGGACCUGAAAAUGUUGGAUGUGAUAUUAUUGAUAUUAGAAAUGGUUAUCGUGAUAUUAUGUCCAAUAUUGAUGGUUCAGAUGCUCAAAUGAUUUUUGAUUAUAUGCGUUCUCAAAAGGAAUCAUCUGAUGCCUUCUAUUAUGAAAUUGAGAUAGGAUCUCAUGGAAAGUUAACUAGACUCUUUUGGGCUGAUGCUAUUUCAAGACGAAAUUAUCAUAUGUUUGGAGAUGUAAUUUCAUUUGAUUCAACAUACAACACUAACAGGUAUAUUACUUUUGUUGCUAAUAGACAUAAAAUGAUACUUUUUGCUGAUAAAAUGAUACUCAUAUCUGAUAAAAUGAUACUCAUAUCUGAUAAUAUGAUACUCAUUGCUGAUAAAAUGAUACUUGCAGUAGAUAAAAUGAUAGUUCUUACUAAUAAAAUGAUACUUUUGCAUGAUAAAAUGAUAGAAAUUCGAAUGCAUGUGUUUGGUCUCGAUUUGUUAGUAUUCGAUGAGUUUGAUAUAAUAUGGAAUGAUAUAGUCACGGAACUGUACGGAUUAGAAGACGCAAUCGGGUUCGGGAUCAAUGUCGUAAGAUAG